AAUUAAGCCGAAAGAUACAGAUUUCAUAUCCAUCUAUUUGACUGCUUUGAGACUUUGACUAAUUAUCAUAUUAUCGUCUUCAAAAUUCCUCUCUCUCUCUCUCUCUCUCUCUCUCUCUCUCUGCAGUUUCCUGUGAUUUCUCUCUCUAUAACAAACACACUUAUUAUAAGAAGGAAAGCUGCCAAAGCCUUAAAAUCAUGACGCUUCACAUUGUUAACAUUUUGCUACAUAUCCACAGGAACUGUUCCGUUUCUGAUGUUCAAGUAUUUCAAAGUUCACAUGCUUAUCCUUAACGGAUUUCAUUUAUGAACACCCACACUUUAUAAUCGUUCUGUUUCACUUUCUAUUAGUUUAUAGAGAAGCGAGACGAUUUACAAGGCAGUUUUCGUUUUUUGAAAUCGAGUUUUCUGAGAUGGGUGUUGGAUGGUUGUCUAUGGCGGCGGCGGUUGUAGUGAUGGUGCUGCUAGUAGGCGGUGUAAAUGGUUUUCCGGCUGAGGAUCUGGUGGUGAAAUUACCCGGACAACCAGAUGUUAGUUUCAGACAGUAUGCUGGAUAUGUAGACGUGGAUGUGAAGGCUGGGAGGAGUUUGUUCUAUUACUUCGUUGAAGCCGACAAGGAUGCUGAUCGUAAACCCCUCACACUUUGGCUUAAUGGAGGCCCAGGUUGCUCAUCAAUGGGUGGAGGAGCCUUCACAGAGUUGGGUCCAUUUUUUCCACAAGGUAAUGGCCGGGGCCUACGCAUAAAUAAAAAAUCAUGGAAUAAAGCAUCAAAUUUAUUAUUCGUGGAGUCUCCGGCGGGGGUAGGAUGGUCAUACUCAAACACAUCCUCAGAUUACACAACAGGCGAUGCCAACACGGCAAGAGAUAUGCAUACAUUCUUGAUGUAUUGGUACAAAAAGUUUCCAUCUUUCAGAUCACGAGAUUUAUACCUAACAGGCGAAAGUUAUGCCGGACACUACAUACCACAAUUGGCUAUUGCCCUUUUGGACCACAAUGCCCAUUCUACCGGUUUCAAGUUCAAAAUCAAAGGAGUCGCUAUUGGUAAUCCGCUUCUUAAACUUGAUCGCGAUGUGCCAGCUGUAUACGAGUAUUACUGGUCACAUGGGAUGAUAUCUGAUGAGAUUGGUCUUACUAUUAUGAAUGGAUGCAGUUUUGAAGAUUACACGUAUGCUUCACCUCACAAUGAAUCUGUUGCUUGUAACAAUGCCAUUUCUCAAGCAAAUAGCGUAAUUGGUGAUUAUAUUAAUAAUUAUGAUGUCAUUCUUGAUGUUUGCUAUCCAUCACUAGUAGAACAAGAGCUUCGUUUGAAGAAAACGGUGACGAAGAUGAGUUUUGGAGUUGAUGUGUGCAUGAGCCUUGAAAGACGGUUCUAUUUUAACCUUCCAGAGGUUCAACAGGCUCUCCAUGCUAAUCGAACCAAGUUGCCGUAUUCUUGGAGUAUGUGCAGUGGAGUUCUAAAUUACAACGAUAAUGACGGAAACAUCAACAUUCUCCCUUUGCUUAAAAGAAUCAUCCAAAACAAAAUCCCCGUUUGGAUUUUCAGUGGGGAUCAAGAUUCUGUAGUUCCAUUGCUUGGAUCAAGAACACUUGUACGUGAAUUAGCACACGAAUUAGAAUUCCCGAUUACUGUUCCAUAUGGAGUGUGGUUCCAUAAAGGCCAGGCUGGAGGUUGGGUGACUGAAUAUGGAAAGCUACUUACAUUUGCAACAGUGAGAGGUGCGGCUCAUAUGGUGCCAUAUGCGCAACCGUCGCGUGCUUUGCAUUUGUUUAGUUCAUUUAUUCGUGGUUCAAGACUCCCGAACAACACACGUCCUUCUAUUGAGGACUAAAAAAACUAAAUCUAAUUUUGGAUUUUUAAGUUAUGUUUUUCUGGAUUAUUCAUGUGGCCGAAGGCGAGAAAAAAUUUGACUCUGGUAAUCUUCGUAAUGUAAGAACAAAAAAGGAGUUGAAUUAAAUAUCACAAGCCAUUGUGGUUAAAUUGAACAAUUGAACUCUGAAGGUUUAUGUUUUAGUUUUCAGAAAAUCCGCUGGAACCUAAUGUUAUGUUGUUUGAAUGGUUUUAAAAUAUUAGAAACGACCAAUUCUGCUAAGAAAACUAGGCAUCGAUGAAUUUUCUAUAGAAAAACUAUGUUGUUUUGAUUUGUUUUAUGAUUAAGCCUUUGUUUGACGCAUAUAAAGUAAUUUUUAAGUGUAUUGCAAUUUGGUGUUUGGUGAAACCAUAAAGGUAGACUAUAGUUGCUUAUAAACUAGUUUAUUUGAUAGCUUAUAAGUUAAAUGUUAGCUUUUCAACAAGCACACAACCAAUGAACCCCACGACUAACAUGGAUAAAGUUUAGGGGUAUAAUUAUAACAUAAGAAUUUAUUGGCUUUAGUUUUAAAUGGUCCCUCAUUUAUUUUUUUGUGCAUUACAUGGGUGCAAUAUUUCAAAUUACAUGUUAAAUGAGGGAAUGAUCUCUGUUUAUAGGUUGAGCUAGUGACAUGUCUGUAUUGUACUUGCAUUGUAUUGAUUUGGACUUUGUCUAUCCCCAUGAAGGCAUGAACUACACCUCUUCCAACUUUCCCUGAUAAGAAAUGAAAAAGGGUCCCUUAAGAUUGGUUCAUUUUUU